ACCUUCCCUGCCAGCCUCACCUCCAUCGGCAGAGGCGCCUUCGCCAGCUGCUCCUCGCUCGCCCAUGUCACCCUCCCAGCCGGCCUCACCUCCAUCGGCGACGAAGCCUUCUUCGGCUGUUCCUCGCUCGUCUCCAUCGACCUCCCUGCCAGCCUCACCUCCAUCGGCGAUCACGCCUUCUCCUUCGCCCUCGCCCGCGUCACCUUCCCCGCCGGCCUCACCUCCAUCGGCGACUGUGCCUUCUGCAACUGCUCCUCCCUCGCCUCUGUCACGCUGCCG